AUGGGUCGCCCCGGCACCCUCCCCAUAAAUCGCCCUCACAACCACGAUAGAGGAAACAUCAAACCUGUCGCUCGAAGUGCAGCGUUCGAAGUAACCAUCCACGUCCCACAAGCCCACCUUCCUUUCAGACCCAACAACAACAGCCGCUUCCAACCCUCUCCCACCCCGCCCACCCGUCCCAAUGCUACCCUCAACCGCCAAAACAGCGCGCAGACCCGCUACAUGACCAUGCUGCUCGCCCUCGAUACCAUCCCGCGCCUGCACAACAUCCUCGCCGCCUUCUUCACCUGGAUCCUGCUCGCCGGCUUCGUCAUCUUCCCGGGGACCUUCACCUCGCUGCGCUCCCUCGAGGACACGUCCAACGAGGCGGCGGCCGCCAUCGCGAAGACGGCCAAGAACAUCCCCCUGCUCGUCAUCGCCGGGACGAGCUGCGGCGUCGGCGCGCUGGGCAUGCUGUGGCUGUGGUGGACGUGGCGCGGCAACUACGUGUGGCUGCUCAACCGCAUCUUCCUGCCGGGCUGUCUGAACAGCCUCGCCGGCCUGAUCAGCAGUCUGGUGGGCGUGUAUACGCAGCAGCGGGGCGCGUGGAGCGUCACGGCGAGGAUCACGGCGAUGGUGACGGCGGGGUGCAUGCUGGUUACCGGGGGCUUGUUCGGGCUGUACAACUUCUGGAUUCUGGAGCGGGUGAAGCGGCGGCAUGGGCGCGAGAUGGGGGAGAGUGGGAGUGUGAGCGGGAGUGCGGGGGAGGAAGGGUUCAUGGAGAAGAUUGGGAGGAAGGCUCACCAGCCGGCCUUGGCGCCCGGGAGUGUGGUCUGA